AUGGCUCUCCAGGCUGCAAAGCGUGAACUUCGCAAGAGGAUGAGCUCAACUCUGCAGACCAGCACGGCAACGGCCAGGUUUUUGUCACUGCCCGAGUACCAAAAUGCCAAAAGCAUUGCCGUGUACCUGUCUAUGCCAAGCGGGGAACUCUCAACAACCGGGAUUGUAAAGGAUGCCCUACAACGUGGAAAGAAUGUCUACAUCCCGUACAUUCACACCCAAGAUAAAACAUCUAUCAUGGACAUGUUCGCCCUCGGAUCAAUGUCCGAGUUUGAGUCAUUACAGCCGGACAAAUGGGGAAUCCCAUCUCUCCGAGCUACGCAAAUCGAAGGUCGACUGAACGGAUUGACACAGGGCUUGGAUCUUAUUGUCAUGCCCGGGGUGGCCUUUGACCACGGGUUCCGACGACUUGGUCAUGGCAAAGGGUAUUAUGAUCAUUUUCUAACGCGAUACUCAACAUUGACCCGCAAAAUGCCAUUCCUUGUUGCCCUUUCUCUUCAAGACCAAUUGCUCUCCGAGGAUAUUCCUGUGGUGGAGCACGAUUGGUUGAUAGAUGCGAUCGUGGUUGGUGAUGGUCAAUACUUGGACCGCAGGGUGUAG